GACUAGUAGUAAUCAUGAACUUAAACCCAACUUCAAGAUGUGAACAAGAAAAAGAGAAUGAUACGUUGCCUCCUACAAUUAGACAACUUUUGAUUCUUUCCCUGCAAUUGAAUCCUUCUUGAAUUCCUCAUCAAGUCAUCCAAACUCCCUCAACCUUUUCCCCUCUCCAAAAACCAAACACGACUAUCUACUCACUUCCCAAAUCUCCCAACUACGUAUCUCUCUCUCUCUCCCUCCAGAGAAACACACAGUAAUGUCCCGCCACCCCGAAACCAACCCUCAUUUCGUCCGGCCACUCCAACCGCCACGCCGCGACGGCCACCGCCGUUCCACCCCACCACCGGUACUGAUAACUCUUCCGGUCAGCGGCCCAGCCACUCCUCCUCCCCCGCCGCACCACCACCGCCAGCAGGAAGCCCCUGACCCAGGCAACCAGCACUUCCCUCUCCACGUCGACGACGAGUUACUCCCAACCCACAACAGGCCCUCGGGCCCAAUCCGCCACCAGGAACGCGGACAGUUUCGCAGCCCAUGGGCCAUACCACCACAUCACCCGCAGCAUCUUCCUUCCCAGCCGGCCCACGGCCCAGCCCACGACGGCCACUACCAAAGCCCAUGGAUACCCCCGCCCUCAUCCCACCCGACCCACGACCACGGCCCGCUCGUCACCGAUCCCCACCGCCACGACUCCCAAGAGCAACCGCCGCAGCAUCCACAUCCACAACCGCCGCCGAAACAUCCACGUCACCACCGCAAGCAUCCGCCUCCUCACGACGGCGUCGGGCACCGGCGGGAACGGCGGGGCCCCGUGGUGCCGUCGCCGCGGAGGACCAAAAUCACGACGUGGUGCGCCGCCGUGUGCUGCGCGAUCUUCUGGAUCGCGAUCUUCCUCGGCGGACUGAUCGUCCUCGUGGUCUACCUCGUCUACCGGCCGCACAACCCGCGGUUCGAGGUCUCCGACGCGACGCUGAACGCGGCGUACCUCGACGCGGGGUCCCUGCUGAACGCCGACGUGUCGGUGCUGGCGAAUUUCACGAACCCUAACCGGAAGGUCGGCGUCGAUUUCGGGAGCCUGAUCGUGGAUCUCUACUACGGGAGCACGCUGAUCGCGACGCAGUUCAUCCAGCCCUUCUCCGCGAGCCGGGCCGGGUCGCGGUUCGUGAACCUGGAGCUGGUGACGAGCCAGGUCCGGAUCCCGCUGGAGGACAGCAAGAAGCUGGAGGAAGAGAUUGAGAAGAAUACGGUGACGUUUAACGUGAAGGGUGUGUUCCGGGUUCGAUCCAAGCUUGGCACGUUCCUGGGGUAUUCGUAUAAGCUCUACGGUCAUUGUACGAUCGUCACGACUGGGCCUCCGAGUGGGAUCUUACGUGGAAGACGAUGCAUUACGAAGCGAUGAAGAAAUCAUUACAAGUUUAAUACAAUCAAUUUUGGGGU